ACUGCAUUUCACUGAUCACAGAGAUUAAAUCCCACAUAGAUCUGAUUAAUGAGUAAAACACAGUGCACAGAGCUAACUGCUCUUAUUUCUGUUUCAGUAAUUGACAUUGUUAGUUGUUGUCUUAGCCUGUUCCUUGUUUGUCUGCAGGAGAUGGAACAGGAGCUGACUGAGCAGAGGGGAUUGACUCAGGCCAUCUCCAGACAGAGUAGCAGAGUUCGACUUUCCACCCAAGAACCAGAGGAUCGAUGUCAGCUAAGGUUGUGUCCCGCUGAGACUGAUGUGGAGGUGGACUCAGCUCAGAAGAAGUGGGAUCACCUUCACAGUUGGCUGCUUGCUUUAGAGGAGAGCUGGCUGCUUCCUCCAUCUGAGGUGACAGACUCAUCUAUGAAGGGUGGAGAUGGAACAGCAGGACGUAUGAUUGGCACAAAACACCUGAAAGAGCUCCAAAGUCCCAUCAGACAUCUGAGAGAGCUGGGACACACAUCUACAGAGCUCCCAAAUCAGGUCUGCUCUGUGGACAGUCAUCAGGCGUUAGAUGAGGGUUUGUUUCAUGUGCUGCACGGCACGUCCCUGUCACUGUCGUCCAUCCAUGAUCUGUUGCAUUCACCUACUGAGACGCCACAUGAAGACGAGACACAGCUGCUGCUUCUGCAGCUGCAGGUGCAAAAAUUGCAUCAGUCAAAUUUUAAAAAGAUUCUGUGAUUGGGUUCUCUCUUGUUCUUAAAAUAGAAAGGCCCACAGAAGUCAUGAACCUGAGUUAAAUUCAUUCUACUUUUUCGGCUCCUCCUUCUGUGGAGGCAUGUUGUCUGGCUGACAUAUCUAGGUGAAGACUUUUUGAUUCAAUGUUUAAAAGGUCUGAAGGACAAAUAUCUGCAGUUGUUUUGGGAAAC